GGAUUUCGUCAGAGCCUUCCCGGAGUUGGGCUGAGCUGGACGGGAGGGGCUGGCGGGGGCUCCGUGGAGCUCGAACUGGCCCUGCGGGAGUGGCUGCGCUGCCCGGGCAGUGCCGGGGCAACCGCGAUGGGCUCCGGCUGCUGCUGCUCGCUCCUGCCGCUGCUGCUGCUGCUGGUCCUGCCUGUGGUGUGGGGGGACUGCGGGCCGCUGCCAAAUAUCAGCCACGCCGAGCCCCAGGGGGACACCAAAGAGCAGCAGAGCUUCAGUGUGGGCUCCACCGUGACCUUCAGCUGUGUCCCGGGUUACACCAAGCGCCCCUUUCUCUCCGACACCAUCCAGUGCCUGACCAACUCCCGCUGGUCCAGCCUGCCAGAGUUCUGUGGCCGCAGCUGUCCCAGGCCACCAUCUGUGAAAUUUGCUUUGUUAUCACCGCAAGAUCAAAGGCAGAAUUUUUACGCCGUUAAUACCACGGUGAGGUACAUUUGUCACCCAAGUCAUGAUAACACCACAGACCAGCCCCCCACCAGCACCUGUUUGGACAACUUAACGUGGACAGAAGUUCCUGAACUGUGUCAGAAGAAAUCUUGUGGUAUUCCAGCCGAUCCAGAACAUGGGCAAGUUAUGGCAAAAGAUCAUCAGCUGGGAGCAACAGCCAAUGUGGUUUGUGACCGUGGGUACAGAUUGGAGGGAGCAUCACCUUCCAUCAAGUGUUUACUGCAGGAAGGCAAAGCUGUCUGGAGUCCUCUUCCAGCUUGUCAGGUGAUUUCCUGUCCCCCUCCUCCAUCCAUUGCUCACGGGCAGCACAGCGGGAACAGCUCGCAGGAGUUUGUGUUCGGCUCCAUCACAACCUACACCUGUGAGCCGGGGCUGGAGCUGGUGGGACAGGACACCCUGCGCUGCACCACGGACAGCGGGGACAGCGGCACCUGGAGCGGGGCCCCUCCCACCUGCCGGGUUAAAACCACAGCAGAGACAAACCAAACCAAAACCUCAGAAGAGAAUCCUUACUGGCUUGCAAGCAUCCUGAUUCCAAGCUGCAUUGUUCCCCCAGUAGUCCUUGGACUUCUUGCUGGGGUCAUCAUGAGCCGGAAAGAGAGUGAAAAGCACUCUUAUAAUGUGAAUUUACAAAAGCGCGAGAUGAAGGGAAGGGAUGCAGCCAUGCACCUGGAGGUUACAGAUGAGAAGAAGCAGCCCAAGCCCUGGAAUUCCUAUUUUUGCACGAUGAACACACUGCUGUCCCGAGGGUGUUUCACAGGAGGGUUUGGGUUUUGCUGGCUGCUCUCUGGAUGGAUUUCCCCCGUCUCUCUCAUCCACAGCCACGCAGGGAACUGCCACGUGUGCCCCAGCUGUGAGGAGCAGCUCCACAGUGACCUGGCCCCUCUCUCAGAGCCCACACGCCCCGGCUGCACCGUCUGCCAGGACUGGCUGAGCUCCCAGCCCCAAAAACCCCGCACCUACUCGGUCCCCAGCAUCGGUGAUGGGGACAGGCAGAGCCCAGCAGGCACCAGCUCUCCUGCCAAAGCUGGGGAUGUGCUGAGGGGAAAUGGCACAGAAGAAGCUGCUCUGUGGUGGAGUGAGGCAGAGCAGCCCAGGGACCACCAAAGUGAGCACAUCUGUCCCAUCUGUGAGAGCUGGCUCCGUGCCCACACUGGCCAGGGUGGCAGCAGGGCUGUGACACCGGGGGACUGGCAGGACGAGCGCUGUGCUCACCUGGCUCGGCCUCGUGUUCUUUGGAGCUCUGCUUUUAAGAACCCUGCAGUGGGAGCCUCUUUUCACCCACUGCCCUGUGCUUUUCCCUCCUGUGCCUGUGGGUCAUUUGCUUGUGGCGAGGAGGUUUUGGGCCAGAGCAGUGAUAAGCCCACAGCGCCCAGUCUGCCCUCCCUGCAUGGACUGGCAGCUGCUGUCCCUUGUCCACGGGGACACAGCCAGCAGCCCCGUGUGUCCCCUGGCCGGGGAGGACACCCUGAGCCACCUGGUCCCUGUGCAGAGCCCCGGCUGCCACGUCUGUCCCGUGUGCUCGGUGCCCAGCCACGCUCACCUGUGCAGCCCCCACACCUGGCGGCCGCAGCUGCCCUGUGCCCGUCCCCACGUGUCCGGCACGGGACGGUGUCCCCUCGUCGCUAUUCCUACAGGACAUGGGACACGGUGACCUUCACCUGCAGCCCGGGGUACGCUCUGCGAGGCUCCCGCAGCAGCACCUGCGGAGCUGGCUCCAGGUGGAACCCCCCUCCUCCAGAGUGCAGGAAAGAGCUGAGCUGUCCUCGGCCACCGAGCAUCGCCAAUGGGCUGCACAGUGGACACUCCUGGGCCAGCUUUCCCCGGGGGGUGACCGUGUCCUACAGCUGCAGCGAGGGCUUUCAGCUGCUCGGGAAUGCGUCCAUCACCUGCACGGACUCCGGGCUCUGGAGCCGGCCCCUGCCCCGCUGUGAAGCGAUCGGCUGCCAGGUACCCGAGGUGCAGAACGGGAACGUCCACAACCCCCAGAGCACCUACAGAGCUGGAGAGACUCUGCUGUUUGACUGCGAUGCUGGAUACAGCUCAGAGGACACCGCUGAGGCUCGCUGCCAGCCCGGGGGCACCUGGGACCCGCCGCUCCUUGUCUGCCAGAGGGGGAAACAGUGCAGUCACCCUGGUGAGCCUGUGAAUGGCAAGAUUAUUUCCCUGACAGAUCUCCAGAUUGGAUCUACGGUGGUUUACAGCUGUGAGGAGGGGAGCAAUCCUUCCACCACCAGGCACAGGUUGAUUGGACAGUCCAGCAGAAGCUGUCAGAUCUCUGGGGGACGCGUUGCAUGGAGCGGUGACGUUCCCCUCUGCCAGCGCAUCCCUUGCGAGCCACCCCCGGACAUCCCCAACGGGAAGCACUCGGGGCGGCUGCUGAGCGAGUUCCUCUACGGCACCUCGGUGACCUACAGCUGUGACCCCGGCUUCCCCCUGCACGGGGAGCCCUCCAUCCACUGCACCACCCGCGACGGCAGCAGCGGCAUGUGGAGCGAGCCCCUGCCGGCCUGCGGAGUGGCGAGUUGUCCGGUCCCACGGAUCCAGAACGGGAGGAUCGUGGCUCCCAGGUCUGCCUACGCACACAGGGACACGGUGACAUUUGAAUGUGACCCAGGCUACGCCAUUCGUGGCCACAGAGAGCUCCAGUGCCAACCAAACAACACCUGGGAGCCGCCUGUGCCGGUCUGCGAGCCGGCUGGCUGCAGAGCCCCUGCCAGGCUGGAGUUUGCCCAGCUGAAGGAGCCCUACGGGAAGCAGGAGGUGUUUCCCGAGGGGAGCAGGGUGGAAUACGUGUGCCAGCCUGGUUACACCCAGCUCCCGGGGGUCUCACCAGCCAUCACCUGCCUCGGGAACCAGACGUGGUCUGCAGCGCUGCAGUUCUGUCAAAGGCAGCAGUGUCCCAGCCCAGGGGACCCAGAGAAUGGCAGAGCUGUUGUCCUCACAGAUCUCCUCCUCGGCUCCAGAAUUAAUUACACUUGUGACAAAGGGUACAAGCUGGUGGGAGGCUCCCAGAGAAUUUGUGAGGUCUCUGGCACAGGUGUCUCGUGGAGUGGGGAUCCUCCUGUCUGCCAGCGCAUCACCUGCGCUCCCCCUCCAUCCAUCCCGCACGGGACACACAGCGGGGGCUCCAGGGACACCUUCUCCUUCGGGGACGUGGUCACCUACACCUGCAGCUCGGGGCUGGCCCUGGUUGGGGACGCGUCCCUGUCCUGCAGCUCUGCGGACGGCCAGCGCGGCUCGUGGAGCGGGGCAGUGCCACGGUGCCAAGAAAAACCAGGAUGUUUUUCUCUGAUGGAGAAAAGAGCUAAGGAGAGCUUCUGGAAAAGUGACAUAUCACCUUGUCCUGACGGAUUGCACUUGUGUUGUCUCCCUCCCCUGCUUUCAGAAGGUUGGGUUUUUGGAGGUUUUCCUGCCCUGUCCCUAUUUCUCACGCUCCUUUUGUUGUCCCUGGCAGAGGUGAGGUGUCCUGCCCCCCCCAGCAUUGCCAAUGGGCAGCACAGUGGUAGCCCCGGGGCCAGGCACAGCCCGGGCUCCGAGGUGCUGUACACCUGUGCCGAGGGUUAUUCCCUGCUCGGGAACGCUUCCAUCCGCUGCACCGCCAGGGGAACCUGGAGCCGGCCCCAGCCCCGCUGCCAAGCAACCGGCUGCACCAAGCCGGAGAUAGAGAAUGGAAAAGCAACUGGCUUGGAGACCACCUACAAGCUGAAGGACAUCAUUUUCUUCGAAUGCAACUUUGGUUAUGCCCUGAAGGGCUCUCAAGAGUCUCAGUGCCAGUUUGGGGGCAAGUGGCACCCUCCUGUCCCCACCUGUGAGAAGCUGCUGCCGUGUCCUCCCCCUCCAAUUAUCAGAAACGGCCAGCACGACAGCAAGGGUGUGACAGAGUUCAUCCCUGGCACGUCAGUGAAGUACAACUGUGAGCCGGGGUACGCCCUCACCGGGAAAACCACGGUGUCCUGUUUGCCAUCGGGAGUCUGGAGCAUCCCUUACCCCCGCUGUGAAGUGAUCACCUGCAGCAGCCCCAGCAUCAAGAACGGAGAGGUGGCCGAAGGCAGGAGGGCUGUGUACCACCCUGGGGACAAUGUCACCUUCCAGUGCCAGCCAGGCUUCGUGCUGAGGGGCAGCCGUGGGGCCAAGUGCCAUCCCGACAGCCGCUGGGUGCCUGCUGUCCCCACCUGCCAGCCAGCAGCCGAUUGUGGCACACCACCACCGCUGCUAUUUGCUGAGCUAAGUGAGGAGUAUGAAAAUCAGACUGUGUUUCCUGUUGGGAUGACUGUGAACUACACCUGUCGGCCUGGAUACAUGGAACAGCCACAGAUAUCACCAACUAUCACAUGUCUUGAAAAUCUAACGUGGUCUGAAGCCCAGGAGUUUUGCAAAGUGCUGCAAUGCCCUUCACCUCCAAAUAUUGACAAAGGAAAGCACAACAGCCAGGACGUGGAGGUUUUUCCCUCUGGGAUGGUUGUGAACUACAGCUGUGACCCCGGCUACAGCCUCCAGGGACAGGCAUCCAUCUACUGCACCGACUCUGGCAACUGGAGCCUCCCUCUCCCUCAGUGUGCAGGUGGCUGUGGUGCACCUCCAAACCUCACCUUUGCUGAGCUAACCAGGGAAUACAGGAAUCAGCUGGAAUUUGCUGUUGGGGACACCGUGCGCUACAGCUGCCGGCCGGGACACUCCAGGCGCCCCGGAGUGCCCCAAACUCUGACUUGCCUCCAAAACCUCACGUGGUCUGAAGCCCUAGAGUUCUGUAAAAGGAAGCAAUGUAAACAGCCAGAGUCCCCCAGGCACGGCAGAGUUGUUGUUCUGACAGAUCUCCUUUUCGGGUCAACCGUGAGCCACACGUGUGACCAAGGAUGGCCUCGAGCAGGAGCUGAGAGUGGGAGCAAGCCCAUGACACAAGGAGGCUCCAGCCCUUUGGAAAUCAGUUGGGUCCUGAUUUAUCACCUGAACAAUCUAACCCAGAGUUUUUGGGGCCAGUGUUGCUCCUCUUGGUUGUCUCUCUGUACCUCCAGGUACAGACUGGUUGGACAGUCCCACAGGAGAUGUGAGAUUUUGGGAAGAGAUGUUGUCUGGACCGGUCUGCCUCCCACCUGUCAGAGGGUGGUGUGCCCAGCCCCACAGAUCCAGAAUGGGAGGGUGGCUGUCCCCAAGCCCCGCUACACCUACAGGGACUCUGUCACCUUCAAGUGCCACCGAGGCUUCACCCUGCGAGGCCACCCCACGUCCCAGUGCCAGGGUGACAGGAGGUGGCACCCACCUGUACCUGUCUGUGAGAGGGAUGGAGCGGCAGCACCUUACCACCAGCCCGGUACCACAACAAAGCCAGUGCUGCACUGCUCCAAGCCUGCAGAUAUCACCCACGGGUCUUUCCACGGCCCAGCAAAAGCAGUUUUUACUCCGGGAACAUCUGUAAACUACACCUGUGAGCCUGGCUUCUCUCUGCUGGGGACAGCAUCCAUUUAUUGCACAGCAUCUGGAGCCUGGAGCCAUCCCCCUCCCGUCUGUCAAGCUGGGAAGUGUCUGCAGCCUCCAAACAUCACCAAUGGGAGGCUCAAAGGCAACACCUCUGCCACCUUUCCCUCCGGAGCCUCUGUAUUCUACAGCUGCAAUCCUGGUUAUUCACUGCUUGGGAAUGCUUCCAUCACCUGCACCGUGUCGGGAGCCUGGAGCCAGCCUCUCCCGCAGUGCCAAGAGAUCAGAUGUGAAUUCCCGGAUGUCCACGGUGUUAAAAAAGCCAUUAAAGGAAAUACUUAUCGCUCGGGGACUAACAUCACUCUGGAAUGUGAUGAAGGUUACGUGCUGGAAGGAAUCAGCCACACCCAGUGCCAAGAGGAUUUCAGCUGGGACCCUCCCGUGCCAGCCUGUAAACUGACAUCCUCCCAGUCCAGGUCUGUGGGCCUAGGAGUGGCGGCCGCGGCAGUUCUGCUGCUCCUGGGGGCAGGCGUUGUCUGGAAAAUAAUCUCCAAGCAGAAGGAAGGCUAUUAUCGUACCUAUGAGAACUACAAUUACAGAACCCCCCUGAACCCAUCAACUGAGCACAAAGACUUGUGUCUGCCAUAGGAGGCUGGGCAUCCAUGCUGCUGCUAACCAGGCACCGGGCUCGGAGGAAACGCUGCUUACAUGGAGACUGGAAUUCUGUGCCCAAAAAAUGACAUUUUACUGUAAAUCUUGAAUGCUUUUCUGCUCUCAGUAGUUACUGUAAGGAUUUAACGAGGCUCAGACUGCACAGCGCAGGUGCUGCCUUGGAGGGAAUUCUGUGCGCUGCUCCUGAUGAAGAAUAUUUCCUUUAUCCCAAAAAAACUGGAUAACCAAGAAGAUAAACCUGAGCUUUGGUAGAGAGAAACAUAACCCCCAUUCCCUGUCUCCCUGCACCCACCAAAACAGACCUGGGCAAGGUGUUAAUUAAUUAAUGUCUUAAUUACAGCUGUAUUUACAUCUUUAUUUCCUUCCAGCAAUGCUUAUGUGCUGCGUUCCUCUACCAAUGCUUAACCUAAUAAAAGCUGAUGAUGACAACUCUG